GCGUAUCACGCGACGAAACUAGUAAGCGAUCUGCACAGAGCGAGACAACGGAAGACCAAGUAACGCAGGGGAGUAGCGACAGGACAUGAGCGGGACUGCACUACACACGACGGAUCGGUACUCAUUACAUGUGGUGGGGAGACUGGAUGUACCAUUAGUGUUAGUGAUCAUAGAACUCCAUUCUUGGGAUAGAGAGAGAACACGAGAUCUGCGACCGGUACGGGAUACUGGAGGUGGUAAUCAAGGCAGUCGAGAGCUAAGAUUGGAGGCGGACGCGAGCCGUGACAAAGAAACAGGUUACAGAGAUUGUGACCGCCACAGGGGCCACGGCCUACCGGGACAAACCUGGAGGGCCCUAUUCACUUCGCUCCGUAGGAAGAACGAUCCCUGGAAGAGUGUCGAGGAUAGAAAUCCUCGGACGCUGACUGAUUAUCGUACGAGGGGAAGAGAGAGAGACGAUGAAUCAUGGCGACGUAGGGACGAUGAGAUAGACCGAGACCGCAGAGAACGCGAGCUGUUUGUGCGAGCAAGGAGGCUAGAUGAUUACCCGAGAAGCCCUCGCUAUGAGGCCGAUCGGGGUAGAGGCGACUCCCGCGGCCGAUGGGACACAGAACAGGGCCGACGUAGGGACGACAGAUCCGAGAGAUCGGACCGAGAUGGAUAUAGGGACGACAGAUACGAGAGGUCGGGUCGAGAUGGCUACAAAGGAAGUAGAUAUGAGAGAGGAGAUCGGGACGGAGAACGACGAGACGGGUCGCGCAGACGGUUUGAGCGUGGGGAAGAUGCGAGAGAGCAGCGUGACGAGUCGCGGGGGUGGUACAACCGAGGGGACCGACGCGAUGAGUCACGAGGACGAUAUGACUCGUGGGACCGCCAGAAUGAUUCACGAGGGCGGUAUGAGCAAGGAGGGUCUGGAGGAGACCGGCGCAACGAUUCGCGCGGUCGGAAUGAGAGAGGGGGAUAUGGCGUCUCAUCAGAACCAUAUCCCAAGUCGCCUGACCCCAAGGCAGCCAGGAGAUCGAUCUCUAGAGGCGCAGACGACAGGCCAUCUACUCCCAGGAACUCAUGCGUCUACUGUAGAGGAGAAGAUCAUAUCAAGAGGGAUUGCCCGGACCUCAAACGGGCAAUAGAUGAGGGACUUGUYGUGYUUGACGACCGCAAGUACGUCAAGUGGGCAGAUGAUCUGGGAGAUGUAUCGAUGUUCCCUUCGAUGAAGGAGAAUGUCGAAGCAAGGAGAAUAAAGACGAGUAAAGGAAUGGAGCCGGUCAAGAGCCAGAGCAUCAAGAUAAUCUUUGAGGGGGAUCUCGCGACCACACCCAUAAGGGUGGCAGCCACCAAGUCGGCAAGAGGGUCUACACCGAAGAAGAAUGACACGGAUUACGUGAUGACGGAGAAGGACGGACAACGGGUCGAUGAAGAGGAGGUUAUCCUUUCGCCGCGAAAGAGGGGAGUGAAGAAGUUCUUAAUGAAGAGUUCGUUGGACGAGAUUGACACGGUUGAGCCACUGAGGCGGGCCCUUCGGCAACCAAUGCAGUGCUCUAUUCUGGAGUACCUGGCGGCAUCGAAGUCGGCUCGUGAUGAAUUACAGAUGAUUACGCGGAAGACUCGCAUACCUCUAUCAGAGGAGGGUCAGGGGGCCCCUAGAGCGGAAGCUUCUACAGUAGCGGUAACGGGGGUGACUGCCAGAGCGGAUCGCAUAACGACAGUCCUUCUCGAUGGGAUGAUAUGUUUUAUAUACUUGGUAGCGGGGCCGUGGAGACGAUUAUAAACGAUGGAGCGAUACUCGAUGCUGUGAUUGAUAACGGCAGUGAGACUGUCAUCAUAGACGAGGACCUGGCAGUACAAGUUNUAAAAAUCGAUUAAAAAUCAAAAUAAAUAUCUAAAAUUCUU